AGAAUUCAAGGAGGACAUACUUGAGAUGCAAGUACAAGUCAAAUGAUUUGAAAGGAAACCUAUUUUGGUCAGUUGAAUACCAAAACAGAUGGAACAUCCAACAACCUGUGGAUUGCUUUCAGCAAACAACCCACGCCCAUAAAUUCAUUCACUGACUCAUCAUAACAAAUUAUGAAAACUGAUUAUUACCCACCAAUUCAAACUUAGAGACGGAAGGAGAAAUUAAUAUGGAUAGAGAGUAUUCUUAUAAUUCCCACACACAAAGCAGGGAAAGAGAAGGUGGUGUAAUGGCAAAAAAGAUCCAAACUAGUACAGUUCCAAUCUCUUGGGGAAUCAGGUGCAGCUUCCACUCCCUCGCCGCCCUUCUCAUCACCGUCUUAGUCAUCGGAGCCAUUUAUUUGACCGGAGAGAGUGAACUCUACUUAGAAGAGCCAGUGACCAUUGAAGACGACAAUCGCUGCGAUUUGUUUUCAGGCAAAUGGGUAUUUGAUAACAAUUCUUAUCCUUUAUACAGAGAGAGAGAAUGUAAGUUCAUGUCUGAUCAGUUGGCUUGUGAGAAGUUUGGAAGAAAGGACUUGACUUAUCAGCACUGGAGGUGGCAGCCUCAUCAUUGUGAUCUCCCAAGGUUCAAUGCCACAGCAUUACUAGAAAGGCUAAGGAACAAGAGGCUUGUGUAUGUUGGAGAUUCACUGAAUAGAAACCAAUGGGUUUCAAUGGUGUGCUUGCUCCAAACAUCAGUCCCUCCAACACAAAAAUAUUCCAUGCACGCAAAUGCGAAUGGCUCCUUGAUCUCCUUCAAGGCUACUGAAUACAAUGCCUCAAUUGAGUUCUAUUGGGCCCCAUUGCAAGUGGACUCUAACUCUGAUGAUCCGGUGAACCAUCGCUUACCGGACCGGAUAGUGAGAGUCCAGGCUAUCGAAAAGCAUGCCAGGCACUGGACAGAUGCAGAUAUACUAGUCUUCAAUUCAUACCUUUGGUGGAGGAGGCCCAGAAUGAAGGUCUUGUGGGGUUCAUUUGGAAGCUCUGAUGGGAUCUACAAAGAAGUCGAGAUGCUCCGAGUUUAUGAAAUGGCUCUAAAGACUUGGUCAGAUUGGUUGGAAAUUCAUGUCAAUCGUAACAAAACCAAAUUGUUCUUCAUCAGCAUGUCUCCAACUCAUGAAAGGGGUGAAGAAUGGGGCAAGGGUAAGGAUCAAAAUUGCUACAAUGAAGUAGAACCAAUUUCAAAAGAAGGAUAUUGGGGAAGUGGAUCAGACCCCAAAAUGAUGAAAGUAGUGGAGAAGGUGAUAGGUGAACUGAAAACAAGAGGUUUGAAAGUAGAGAUGCUCAACAUAACACAACUUUCAGAGUACAGGAAAGAAGGCCACCCAUCAAUUAAUAGGAAGCAAUGGGAUGUUCUAUCUCAAGACCAACUAUCAAACCCUACUACUUAUGCAGAUUGUAUACAUUGGUGCCUUCCUGGUGUGCCUGAUGUUUGGAAUGAGCUCCUCUAUGCCUACAUUUUUCAUCACUGACAAAUUCAAAACAAUGAGAAAGUUCCAAGGUUUCUUAUU